UUAGGUGAAGGAAAGCGCCAGAAGAGAAUUGGCUCCCGAGCGACGAGUCGCAGCUGUACGAGGCGUGUACGUAUAUCACCUGUCAUCCACUUCCGUAUAUCCAACUCUUCCCUCAAAUCGCGCUCAACUCGACCCAACAUGGCGCCGACGAAGCAUUCCGCAGUUCUAGUCGCUUCGACUCCGCCGAAACAUAGCGAAUACGGCUCUAUGCUUACUAGCUUGAAGUCUUCUAUACUCAACACCAAGGCCAAGCUCGGCGCACUACGACCUCAAGGCCAGCCAAAGGUCACCAAGACAAUCAACAAUAGCAAGGCAAUCACCGCGCGAGAGCGUCGAAAGCAAGCUAUUGAGCGGCAUUCCAAAGUCGAAGCCGAGCAGCAGAAGGAUAGCGAACUUUUCAAACCGGAGAUAGCCACUGUACCUUCACUAGCAAGCCAUCCACACCCAUCGCUAUCAGCUCACGACUUCGAAGUGGGCGGCACCCUUGGCCGCGGCAAAUUCGGUCGCGUAUAUCUGGCGCGCCACCUCUCUACAAACUACGUCUGCGCACUCAAAAUACUCUCCAAAUCGCAAUGCAUCAACCAGGAAGAGGAGAAGCUGAUCCGCCGCGAGCUGGAAAUCCAUCAAAAUCUCGCACACAAAAAUAUACUGAAGUUUCUAUCGUGGUUCCAUGAUGAAGAAAAGAUAUACCUGGUCUUGGAGUACGCGGCUGGCGGGAGCUUGUAUUCCAAGCUGACCAAGCAGCCGAAGGGGAGGUUUGACGAGCGUACCACGGCGCAGUACAUCGCUCAGAUGGCCGAAGCCCUCCGCUACAUGCACAGCAAGAACAUCAUGCACCGCGAUAUCAAGCCCGAGAACAUCCUCCUCGGUUUCCACAACGAGAUCAAGCUCGCAGAUUUUGGGUAUAGUGUGCACUCCGACUCGGGCUUUCGCUCCACCGUAUGCGGGACAUUGGACUACCUAAGCCCAGAGGUCGCCGUCAUGCUUUUGAAGCCUGGGAAGACGCGAGAGUACUACUCGAAGGCGAUCGACCAGUGGAGUCUCGGAGUCCUUACGUACGAGUUGCUGGUGGGGAAGCCACCGUUUGAGCAGAAGAGCUCGAAGGCGACGCAGAAGAAGAUUGCGAAUUUCAAGGGUAACGGGUUGAAGUUUCCGGGACAUGUGUCCAAGGGCGCGGAAGACCUGAUUCAAGAAUUACUCAAUUUGGAUGCCGAGAAGCGUAUGUCGCUCGACGAUGUACUAGUACACGCAUGGAUCGUUCGACAUACCGAGAAGUCUGCGCAGUCAGGAAUCCGGUCCUUCAGCCACAUGCUCGAGCAGGCUACGUGAAAUCCAUCCCACCAAGUGUUCCGUUGGGUUUGGUUCAGCUCAAGCGGAUUCUCGGGAGAGUAAAGCGGGGCUUAUAGACUCCUAAGAGUGUAAGUGGAUGUUACGGAGUUAGUGCGCAUAGUGGCAUCCAGGGGUUAGGUAAAUGGACCAGUUGCUUGGUAGGUAGAAGCUAGCCAGAUUAUUCGGGGAGUUAGCGAUCUACAGUCAGCACUUACGCACUCAAUAGUCGUCAGCAUUGUUCGCUUUUAUCAUCCCGCAGGUCAUCCUUACCUACCAGGACUUUGACAGAGCCAAGUUUACUUAGUAUGAAUCUUAUCUUCUCCAUGCUGUAACCACUGUUUUACUUCAUGGGUCGCAUUUGAUUUGUUUAUGAACCUGGUUCAUAUGGGGAAAUGAUAGCUAAAUUACAAGAUCGGUCACAGUGAAGGGAUUUUUACAU